AUUUCUGAUGUCGUAAUAUUUAUUAUGAUAAUAUUGCCAUCCUUUUCUAUCUCUUUGACGAAAAAAGAGAUAGCAAAUGUGUUACGUCAUUUGAAAUUAUUGCUUUGUUAUAUUAUAUAUGCAGUUGUGUAUAACAUGAAAGAAUUUAUAUUUUUAAUUUUAGUAUACGCAAGUAAUAUUCAAAGUUUGGAAUUUAAUAAUGUUAAAGAUAAAUCCGUGGAUAAAGAUGAAGGGAAAAGCAGUUUGGCUUUCGUUUUUGACACAACUGGCUCAAUGUCGAAUGACCUUAAACAGUUACGGGAAGGCGCGGAAAUGAUUUUAAAAACUGCACUGGAAGAAAGCAAUAUUAUAGCUGAUUUCGUUUUUGUUCCGUUUCAUGAUCCUAAUAUAGGCCCAGCGACUGUAACAAAGAGUAAAGAAGUGUUUAAAUCCGCAUUGAAUAUAAUCCAUGUUAAGGGGGGCGGGGAUUGCCCUGAGAAGUCUCUGGGCGGAGUACUGUUAGCGCUCAGUGUAAGUCGACCUCGGUCUUACGUGUACGUUUUCACGGAUGCAUCUGCUUCUGAUUACAAGAUCGUUGGCAAAGUAUUAGAUGCGGUUCAAAGGAAACAGAGUCAGGUGGUGUUCGUUCUAACUGGACACUGCAACGACGUGAAGAGGCAGACGUACAAAGUGUACCAGCAGGUCGCCACCGCCAGUUCCGGACAAGUGUUCAACUUGAACAAGACUAAUGUGCAUAAUGUGUUGGAAUUUGUGAGAAGUUCGAUACGAGGCAGAAGUGUUAAUUUGGGCUCUGCAGUACAUCCUGCUGGUUACAACUACACGCAAGCGAUUCCAGUUGACAGUAGUUUAGGAGAAGUGACUGUAUCAGUGUCAGGAGCCAAACCCACCAUAAAAGUGGUGAACCCGAGCGGACACGAGGUGGUGGGACCACCACAGCUUAUCACCACAUUGGAUCUAUCUGAGAUUAUGAUAGUAAAAGUACUAGAACCUGAACCUGGAAAUUGGACUAUAACAGUAGGCAGUGAAAAAGAUUAUUCAGUCAAAGUGUCUGGUCUAUCAAACAUCACCUUCGACCAUGGGUUCUCUGUAGAGAAAACUAACUCUAUGGACGAAGCUAGCUAUAGACCUCUGCAAGGAACAUAUAACCAUAUGUUAAUUUCAAUAACACCAGAAGUCGAUAUUAAGAUUGACUUCGCUGAGAUAUUGACUACAGAUGGAAAGACGCUUUUCGAAGUUCCCGUCAAACAAAUGGGUGACAUGUUCUUAGCGGACGCCUUCAUACCGCCUGAUGAUUUCUUUUAUAUUGCUAUAAAUGGGCGAGAUGAAAAUGGACAAGAGUUUCGGAGAGUUGGUCCUACAGCUGUACAGGCUAAACCACCAGAUGUUCCGUAUUUAACUGCGCCUAAACAGAUAGAAGCCCGUUCUCACGAUCGUGUUGUCCUCAAAUGUAAUGUGGAAAGUCUUGUUCCUGUUACCGUUCAAUGGACCAGAGAUUCACCAAAGAUUCAAAGGAAGACUUCAAGUCUACAGAGCACUUCAAUAGAAUACGUAAUAGAAGACAUGAGUGAAGCCCACGUUGGUACGUACAGAUGUUCUGCAAGCAACGCCGCGGGACACAGCAAGACUAACACGCAGCUCUCGUUACUAGUGGAACCACCGCAAGUGUCAGUGUUGCCAGUGAACGCAUCACUAUCUGCUGGGGAAGACCUCACCGUGUCCUGCGCGGUGUUCAGCGAAGCGGUUCUCCUCAAGAGCCAGAUUAUAUUUAAUAAUGGCAACACUAUUAAUGUGACUAAUAUUAAGGUUGGUCGGAAUAUUGAUGGUUUCUAUUCCUUUAACAAGACUAUUUCUAACGUCAGUGAAAAACAUCGCGGCACAUACACUUGUCUCGCUGCUAACAGAGGCGGUGCAACAAAUCAAUCAACAUACAUAAUUAUAGAAAGUGAACCAACAGCUAAAAUAUUGGGAACGCACAAUGUCGCAGGACAAAUUUAUACUAAUCUAAAAUUACUCUGUCAUGUUGAUAAUGCUAAUUUGGCACAAUGGAUGUCACCAAAUGGUACAGUGGCAAAAGAAGUGGCAAUCAAUGGCACCUAUAAUAUUACCUUAGAUGUGACUCUUACUGAGGAAGGAUAUUGGACUUGUAUUGGUUUACGAAAUUCUCAUAGAGCGUCAGAUAUAGUACAAGUGAACAUUGAGAUAAAGCCUGAAGUUAGCAUUGAAGGUAGGAACAUAACAGUAGUUCAGGGCAGUAUGCAGCAGUUGGUGUGUACAGUGCGCGCUAAACCACCUCCAAGCGUUGUAUGGCGGAGGGGAACUGAACACUUUAAUAAUACGCAGGUGGUUCAAGUGAAAGAGACAGUAUAUAAGAGUGUGCUGAUGUUAGACAGUGAAAGAGAGAGUGUCAACGGGACCUAUUUCUGUGUAGCAGAGAAUUCAGUCGGAAAAGCGCAAGACACUAUUAACGUAAAUGUACGCAAAAAGAUGCGAAUAUUGGAAAACUUUACAGACCAACAAGUAGAACUAUAUUCACAAAUAGACCUUCACUGCAAUGUGGACACCCAUCCUCCGGCUACAAUAAAAUGGCAACACAACAACACAGACAUACAAACAGAUGACAGCAUUGAUAUAUCUGAAGAUGGAACCACUUUAUAUAUACAGAAGAUUGAUUUUAAUGAUCUAGGACUUUAUACUUGUUUGAUGGAUAAUGGAUAUGAAAAUAUACAAAUUAAUGGGACGUUACAAGUUGUUGGAUUGGAAAUUCCCGUUUUGUCUAAGGAACCGUUUAGUAUAACAGCGCGCAGGGGAGACACCGCUUUUAUAUCAUGUAGAUUAUUAAAGGGCAACCCAGAACCAAAGAUAACAUGGCAAUACAAAAUCAACGGAAUAGAAGAAUUUAAACAUCUCAGAAAUAACACCAAAGUGAAUGAAGAAGGUUUUAUAGUGACCAUAAACAAUGCGAGUCUACAAGAUGAAGGUUUCUAUCAAUGUUUAGCUGAAAAUGCUAUUGGAAAAGAUAUAUAUCAAGUAUUCCUAAAUAUACAAUAUCCGCCAGAAUUAAAAAAUUCAUCACAAUUGGUACAAAAUCAAUUAGAAAUCAAAUCAGGUGACAAAGUUGUGUUAAAUUGCAACACAAUUGGUAAUCCUCCGCCUAUCGUAGUUUGGACUAAAGAAGGGAAACCUCUGUCUUAUUCAAAUAAUGUAUAUAUAACAAAUACAAACGAGUUGAUUAUAUCAAAUGUAACAUUGUACAAUUCCGGUACUUACAGUUGUAACUCCUACAAUAAUUUGGGCUCACUCACUACUAACUAUACUUUGCAAGUCUAUUUAUCGCCAACAAUAACCACACAUUCAGAGCAAGUUGUACAAGUGCUGGAAGGUCAGCUGGUGGAGUUGUCAUGUGAUGUGACAGGCUCGCCCUCACCAGCUGUCACUUGGUCACAUAAUGACAACAAUGUCACUGAAGACAGGAAAUAUAUCGAUGAGUAUGGAUUGAGAUUCGUUGCGAAUUUGACAGACUUUGGUGAAUAUUCGUGCAUCGCGAUCAACCCUUACGGGAGAGCGACAUUAAAUUACACAGUUUAUGUAUGGGUGGCACCAUUUUUAGAACCUCCAUUAUUAGAAAGAAAGAAUAUUUUAUUAGGAUCCAAUGUAACUUUACAAUGUAGUGCUAUCGGUUUCCCAGUUCCUAUAAUCUGGUGGAAGUUUAACGAUACUUUAGUGAUUGAAAAUACAACAGAUUUAAGUUUUAAUGAUAUUGGACAAUUGAAUAUUACAAAUGCGAGUUACAAACAUGAAGGACAAUACGAAUGUGUUGCUGAGAACUUGGCUGGCUUCGGUGCAAAGACAAUUACUCUAAACAUAUAUGAACCACCAAAAAUAAUAGAAGAUAAUUACACCGGACCGUAUGUUGCUACAGUACUGGAUACUUCUCUAGCAGUCGCCUGCAAAGCGACAGGCAAACCUAGACCUUAUGUUGUAUGGAUUAAGGACGGUUAUUACUUAGAUAAAGAUUUCCGUUAUGACAUCGAUGUGGAGGGCACAUUGACUAUUAAGUCACCUUCAGAAGACCUCAGCGGUGACUACACUUGCCUCGCUAAGAACAUUCUCGGUACCGCAACAAGGACUGUGCCAGUUCAGAUAUAUUCCGUCCCCAGUGUGAUGUCAGAAGAGUCUCAGUCUGUGGUGCACGUGGUGGAAGGCAGUAAUGCCACCAUCGAUUGUCCCCUGCGUCGUGGAUUUAAUGACACCCUCAAAUGGUAUAAGGACGCGGUGUUAAUAUCAACUAGUUCAUUACACCUGACACCGGUAACGCGUGCGCACGGAGCGACGUACGCGUGCGUAGUGAGCAACAUGGCGGGCGGCGCGCACGCAGCGCUCACUGUGGACGUGCAGUGGCCGCCGCUCGCACACACAGCGACACAGCUGCUGGAGGUUGUUAGAGGAGAUGAUGUCGACUUGAACUGUGAUGUUGACGCUAAGCCUAGAGCUAAGGUAAGUUAUACACAUGUGACGCGUGCGCACGGAGCGACGUACGCGUGCGUAGUGAGCAACAUGGCGGGCGGCGCGCACGCAGCGCUCACUGUGGACGUGCAGUGGCCGCCGCUCGCACACACAGCGACACAGCUGCUGGAGGUUGUUAGAGGAGAUGAUGUCGACUUGAACUGUGAUGUUGACGCUAAGCCUAGAGCUAAGGUAAGUUAUACACAUGUGACGCGUGCGCACGGAGCGACGUACGCGUGCGUAGUGAGCAACAUGGCGGGCGGCGCGCACGCAGCGCUCACUGUGGACGUGCAGUGGCCGCCGCUCGCACACACAGCGACACAGCUGCUGGAGGUUGUUAGAGGAGAUGAUGUCGACUUGAACUGUGAUGUUGACGCUAAGCCUAGAGCUAAGGUAAGUUAUACACAUGUGACGCGUGCGCACGGAGCGACGUACGCGUGCGUAGUGAGCAACAUGGCGGGCGGCGCGCACGCAGCGCUCACUGUGGACGUGCAGUGGCCGCCGCUCGCACACACAGCGACACAGCUGCUGGAGGUUGUUAGAGGAGAUGAUGUCGACUUGAACUGUGAUGUUGACGCUAAGCCUAGAGCUAAGGUAAGUUAUACACAUGUGACGCGUGCGCACGGAGCGACGUACGCGUGCGUAGUGAGCAACAUGGCGGGCGGCGCGCACGCAGCGCUCACUGUGGACGUGCAGUGGCCGCCGCUCGCACACACAGCGACACAGCUGCUGGAGGUUGUUAGAGGAGAUGAUGUCGACUUGAACUGUGAUGUUGACGCUAAGCCUAGAGCUAAGGUAAGUUAUACACAUGUGACGCGUGCGCACGGAGCGACGUACGCGUGCGUAGUGAGCAACAUGGCGGGCGGCGCGCACGCAGCGCUCACUGUGGACGUGCAGUGGCCGCCGCUCGCACACACAGCGACACAGCUGCUGGAGGUUGUUAGAGGAGAUGAUGUCGACUUGAACUGUGAUGUUGACGCUAAGCCUAGAGCUAAGGUAAGUUAUACACAUGUGACGCGUGCGCACGGAGCGACGUACGCGUGCGUAGUGAGCAACAUGGCGGGCGGCGCGCACGCAGCGCUCACUGUGGACGUGCAGUGGCCGCCGCUCGCACACACAGCGACACAGCUGCUGGAGGUUGUUAGAGGAGAUGAUGUCGACUUGAACUGUGAUGUUGACGCUAAGCCUAGAGCUAAGGUAAGUUAUACACAUGUGACGCGUGCGCACGGAGCGACGUACGCGUGCGUAGUGAGCAACAUGGCGGGCGGCGCGCACGCAGCGCUCACUGUGGACGUGCAGUGGCCGCCGCUCGCACACACAGCGACACAGCUGCUGGAGGUUGUUAGAGGAGAUGAUGUCGACUUGAACUGUGAUGUUGACGCUAAGCCUAGAGCUAAGACGAAGUGGUUGUUCAAUUCCAAGUUGUUAUUAGGAGAGGACAAGAGCCAUUUGAAGUUAACAAAUGUCCAACUCCGACAGACCGGAGUUUACAAAUGUGUAGCUGCCAAUGAACACGGGACAAUUGUGAAGGAAUUCACUCUAGACGUCUUAGUUCCGCCAUUUAUAUCUGACUUCGAUGUAUUGGAUGUUCAACUGAAGGAAGGUACUAAUGCUAGUCUCGAAUGUAACGCACGGGGAUCUCCUAAACCUGACAUUAAAUGGACGUUCAACAACACAUCAUGGUUAAUUAGAAAUUCAACAAUAAUAAGUACAAAUGUAACAAUAGAUUCAGAAGGUACAUAUAAAUGUGAGGCGAGCAACAAAGCCGGUGUUACAUCACUCGUGUACAGAAUAAAUGUGGUUAAAAUCGCUUUGAUUGAAGAUAUAAUAGUGUUCAAUGGUUCUGUAGGUACUAGCGUUGUAGAGAAGCUAGAAGUUGUUCUAGACUCUCGUAUUCGUAUCGCAUGUAGAGGUUCCGGUAAACCGAUACCUAACAUACAAUGGAUACGAUAUGGCAACACUGUCAGUAAUAACACCGCAAAUAUUAGAUACGCAGAUUUAAUUAUAAAUAAAGUGGCAACAUCGGAUGCUGGAUUAUAUGUUUGUGUUGCAUCAAAUGAAGGUGGGGCAGAUGAGAGGAAAAUUAAAUUAGAUGUUUUAGAGCCGCCGAAAAUAUUCCAAAAUGUAUUCCAAGAGAAAUCAUUAUCAAAUAUAAUAAAUCUAGAAGUUUUAUCUGGGCAAGCAUUUUAUAUGCAUUGUCAUCCGUAUGGUAAUCCAUUACCAGAGAUAUAUUGGUUUAAAGAUGACGUACCGUUAAAAUUAUUUGACAAUACAAUGAUCUCUAUGGAUUAUAGUGAAAUUAUUCAAUCACCUAACGCGAUGUAUGAACAGACAGGGAAUUAUACUUGUAUAGCUAAAAAUAAAGUUGGAGAAACUGGUCUGGUUUAUUUAGUUGAUGUUUUAGUACCACCGCCACAGCCAAAGGAAAGUAUGAAAGAAGUGAGAACAAGAUUUGGUAAAGUAUUAAACUUAACUUGUCCAGUAGAAGGAGUUCCUAAGCCUUAUGUAACUUGGAUCAAACAUCCUUAUAUGGAGAUCAGUGAACAUCUACCGAGGGUACAGUUGACUGAAGAUAAUGUUACUAUAAUAAUAAACGAUACAUUAGUAUCCGACAGUGGAAUAUAUUCUUGUAUAAUGACUAACAAAGUUGGCGCUAUCGAAGUAAACUAUAACGUGAUUAUAGAAAAGCCUCCAUACAUUGUUGGUAAUGAAGGUAAUGACACAAUGGAGUACCACGUGGUGUCAUUGCGACGCAGCAUUGUACUCAAAUGUGAUGUGGAUGGACAUCCAUCUCCCAAGAUAACAUGGUUAAAGGACAUCCAGCGUGUGAGUGGUGAGGAGGUGCACACUCAGCUCGUGUUGGGCAGCAGUCUGCUGGCCGUGUGGAGUGCGGAGACGCGGCACGCCGGACAGUACAUCUGUGUGGCGGAGAACAGCGCCGGCACAGCCUCCCGCCGCUACAACCUCGCAGUCAGAGUUCCUGGUAAAUGGAGUGCGUGGUCUCAAUGGAGUUACUGCAAUGUGACUUGUGGCUUAGGUUAUCAGAAGCGGUCUAGAUUCUGUCAUUAUGUAGACGAUAACAAUAAUACUAUAGAUAAAACAUCUCCGUCAGAUAAAAUUAUUCUAGACGAGAGUGCGUGUAAAGGAUCUACAAUUGACAAAAGGAAAUGUCACAUGCCAUCUUGCGAAGAGGAGGAGUCAGGUUGGUCCAGCUGGUCCCGCUGGGGCGCGUGCUCGGCGACGUGCGGCGCGGGCACGCAGGCGCGUGCGCGUCGCUGUCGUGCGCGUGCGCGUGCGCAUCACGAAUGUACCGGCGACAACGUACAGAUAAGAAAAUGUCCAAACUUACCAAAAUGCAAUCCCCAGUCGAAAUAUACCAAUGAAGUCUACAGCAGCCAAGAAAUUAAUGAAACAAAUAUGUUAUCGUAUUUACCUGAAACUACAAUAGAGAUGCAACCAGAUGACGUUGACUUUAGAAAAUCUUUGGACACAGAAGAAAGUUAUGUACCAACUGGUAAAAAACCUCAAAUGUACUUCGAUGUGAAUGUAACAGAGAAUUUGGACCGCAGCGAGCGUGGUCCUUGCAAUGUUGGCUUUAAAUAUAUUGCCGCUGAUGAUACUUGCCAAGAUGUGGACGAGUGCACUAUCUCCAACAACCAGUGCCACGCCACUCAGAUGUGCACCAACACGGCUGGCGGCUACCGCUGCAGCUGCCCCGCGGGGUAUGUCGCGCUAGCCGCCGGACUGCGCUGUCUAGAUAUAAAUGAGUGCGAGCAGGAGGUGCACGGGUGCGAGUACGCGUGCGUGAACGUGGCGGGAGGUUACGUGUGCGCAUGUCCGCGACAUCUGCGACUGCAUGUCGACAGGCACCAUUGUGUCUUACCACCACUUUAUCAGAAACCGCUUUCGUUUUACGAGAAUUCUGUAUCUGAUGAGUUUUUAAACGCAGACGUAGAUUUCUCAGCGAGGUAUACUAAAUAUAAUAAAUAUUAA